GACUACUCCCUCGUGUGUGUUGCUUCACUUGCAAUUUAGGGAGAAACAGCAAAGCUGUUCACACAGAGUAGGUAAAACAUGUCUAGACGUCACGUAUCGGACCGUCGAGUUUAGUCCUGGGUGGCAUCGAUGAAUUAAGGGGUGCCAACCGCGGUUGCAUUGUUUUUGCCCCGGUUCCUAUGACAUCACCACAAAACCAGACUCAACCGCGCCUUGGAGGCAGCCGAAGUCUCGCGAUACUGCGGCUGGAGGAGCGCGUUGUUGUGGGCGGGGCGAAGAGGGCGAGCAACUUCCGGCCGGGCUGCUGUCCGGGUGGCGCGGCCGAGUCCUCACGGGCCCCGCCGCUUCGCGCUCGCCCUGCCUUUCCUUCCCCCCCGCCUCGUGCGGGGGGCUGGGCGGCCGCGGGAGGCCACUCGGACCCUCCCCGCGCCCGCGGCCGGGCCCGCGCCGUGGCUGUGCGCGCGGGGGCCCGGGGCCUGCGGGGCCGCGGCCUACCCGGGCCCGCCGCUCGGCCCUAUGCGGCACAGCCUGACCAAGCUGCUGGCAGCCUCGGGCCGCGACCUCCCGAGCCACCGCGACAGCCGGGGGCCGCCCGCCGCGUGCGCGACGCCCCGGGACCCGAGCCGGGCGGCCGCGGGGGCCGAGACGCCGGGGCCCGGGUCGCCUGACCGCGAGCGGCCUCCCGCCGGCGGGGUCGAGCCCGAGGCCCGGAGGGGGAGCUGCGGCGGCGUGGCCGUGCGCGCGCCCGCGCCCUCGCCCGCGAAGAUGGAGGAGGAGGAGGAGGACGCCACCGGCACGGUCCCCAAAGAGGAGCCGGAGGACAUGGACUUCCUGUCUGGGCUGGAGCUGGCCGACCUGCUGGACCCUCGGCAGCCGGACUGGCACCUGGAGCCCGGGCUCAGCUCGCCGGGGCCGCUGUCCUCGUCCGGCGGAGGCUCGGAGAGCGGCGGCCUGUUGCGGGGGGACGAGGACGACGACGAGAGCGCGGCCGCCGAGAUGCAGCGCUUCUCCGACCUGCUGCAGAGGCUGCUGAACGGCAUCGGAGGCUGCAGCGGCGGCGGUGACCGCGGCGGCGGGGAAAAGAGGCGGAGAAAGUCGCCGGGAGGAGGAGGAGGAGGAGGCCCAGGAGGCCCUGGAGGAGGCGGCGGUGGCGGCGGCGGCGCCAACGACACCAACCAGACGGCGACCAAGAGUCCCCGGAAGGCGGCGGCGGCCGCUGCCCGUCUUAAUCGGCUCAAGAAGAAGGAGUACGUGAUGGGGCUGGAGAGUCGAGUCCGGGGACUGGCAGCCGAGAACCAGGAGCUGCGGGCCGAGAAUCGGGAGCUGGGCAAGCGCGUGCAAGCACUGCAGGAGGAGAGUCGCUACCUACGGGCCGUCCUAGCCAACGAGACCGGACUGGCUCGCCUGCUGAGCCGGCUGAGCGGCGUGGGACUGCGGCUGACCACCUCGCUCUUCAGAGACUCGCCCGCCGGCGACCACGACUACGCCCUGCCGGUGGGGAAGCAGCCGCAGGAGCUGCUGGAAGAGGACGACGCGGCGGGAGGAGUGUGUCUCCAUGUGGACAAGGAUAAGGUGUCGGUGGAGUUCUGCUCGGCGUGCGCUCGGAAGGCGUCGUCUUCUCUUAAAAUGUAGGGUCAAGUAAUCUGCUCUUUAUCCGCGUUUACCCCUUUCUGCACCCUUACACCAUGUAAAACACCUUAGUGGGACAUCUUCACCGGACACAUUUCAGAGGCGGAAAAAAAAUUUCUUUUUUAGGUGAUUUCCUUCCUGCCAGGCUCCCGUUGUAGGGGUUACAGAACAGUCGUUCCCGCCUCACAACCUGGUAAGGACCCAUCUCUUCACGUAACGCUCAUGCUCUGCUGCUUAGGCUAAUGGGCAACAUCUCAAUUUGUGUGUGUGGUUUUUUUGUUUGUUUGUUUCUUUUUUUAUUGUUGUUUGGAAGGCGGGAGGGGAAUCUUGAUUUGGGCCCUGUCCACCCUGGAAACAGACUUGUGCUGGUCAUUAAUGUACUUAAGUUGCUUCUGGUUGAAAUAGCUGUUAAAUGUGUCCCCUUGUUCAGAGUUGCGUGUACCUAGCUCUUCUGUCCCCAGUGUGGACAUGGCCUUGGAUGACAUCGGUUCCAACUGUACACUGAAACCUGCUAAUAGAGAUACAGUUUGGAGACAGUGAAACAGGUGAAGUUGAAUGGAAGUUCCGAGUUGUACAAGGUGCAAAUUGGAAUUCCAAUUGUAGAGCAACUUUUCAGAGGUUGACAAUAAGUAUUUGAGGCAUGCACAAAUGUAUUUUUUUUUCUGGAGAUGGCAAAUCUCUUAAAAUACUUAAGAAUGCCUUACAGUUUUCAGUAGAAAAUACAGAAAUACGUUCUAUUUAAGAUCUUAAUAUUUCACCACUUGAGAAGGUGGAAGUUAACAUGCCCAUCAGAUUUCUGUGUUUUAAUUAAAGGAUGAUAAACGAAAUGUUUCUUUGAGGACCAGCACAGUAAUUACCUAUCAACGAGUAUGAAGAAAUUGUUGAAUUUAUUUUUGUUGUAUUAAAAUUUAGGCUAAAGUUUUGUAUGAUUAUUAGAUAUUGAAGGUUGUGAAAUGUGAAUGAAAACAUGUAAAGUGAGGCUUCACAAAGAAUAUUUUCUCCAUUUCUAAAACCUUUGUCUUAUUUAAAAACACUUUUUAAAAUUAAAUGGUUCUGGCCACUUAAUGAUAGAUUGCUGCUGUUUUUCCAAAGAUGGGAAAUAUUUCUUCUUUUGAAAUCCCUUCUAUUGUCCACUUGUCUAAAUCUGUGUUGUGAUGCUCUGAAAUAAAGAGACAUUAAAUUCUUUGUGAAACAUCACUGUUUGAUAAAGGAUAUACGUAUUUAGCAUCCUUGUUUUUCUUUGUGCUAAAGUGGAUACAGCUGUUGGGGCAGAAGAGACGGGACCAGCUGCUGGCCACAUUUCCUGCUUUAUUUUAAAAGGUAGUAUAAGAAAUAAGGAAACAGAGGUAAUAUCAGGGCUUCUGCUGUCUUUUAUUUUUAAAAUGUUCGUAACUAAGUAUUUUCCAGCAGUCCAAAGAUGUAAGUUAUCUUACACGUAAGAUGUUUUAUUUUGUUAUUUGGUUAUGGAAAUGGAAUCUUGUUCUUGCACAACUAACUGUAAAUGUUUUGUUGCUAGAUAAUAUGAUUUGAGACCUAAGUUCGUCUCUGGUUUUCAGUAUAUCACAUUUUGUAGAAUUACCUACUGCACUUGAGCAUGACUGGGUCGUAGCCAACCUCACAAAACGGAGUGAUGGACCUGCUUCUACAAGGGCAGGAACAAGCCCCACAGUGCAGCUGCAUGGAUUUUAGUGCCUACUGAAUUAUAUAUAUAUACAUAUAUAUAUAAACCAAAAGUAGUUGGGAAAUUUGAAAUGACUAAUUUGUGCUCUUUCUGAAGUAUGUUAAAUGUAGCUUUUGAAACAGAAGCCUUGAAUUGAAAUUUAAUACUUGAACAUUUUUGUAUAUAUUUCUUUGUAUAUAAUUUUGUGCAGUACUGAUGACAAAAAUAUGGUGUCAUAAUAAAAUCAGGUUUGUUGAUCUUUCAGUUAUGGGCUCAAAGAAUUUAUUCAUUACUAACAUGAUAUUGGAAAUAAUGGAUGAAAAUAGGAAAAAUGAUUGUUGUUAAUUCAGGUCUUAUUCAAAAGGUUCUGGAAGCAGUAAGUUCUUUUCCUAAAAAUUAUACCAUUUCUGUGGAAUGUUUCUUAACAUUAGUGCUUUUCCUGCAUUCGAAGUACGGGCUUGGGGAGAAUCACUUUCUGCAUUGGGAUGUUUUGAAAUUCCAAGUACAGAUUUUUAGAAUGUCAUUUUAUAAAUGGCAGUUUGGACAAUUAAGAGCUCUUGACAGUGGCAAGAUUAGAGUGUCCUGUUUUUAAAGCUGCUUUCUUAGGUUCCUUAUGUUUUAUUAACUGUCAUUUAUGUUUCCAUUUCAUUGUUUCUUUUCUAGUUUUGGUGACAGUGAUUUUUUUGUCUUUUUUUUUUGGCAUCAACUCAUGGUCUUGUUUUUACAUGGUAACUGCAUGUAUUUAGACCUAUCAGGGGGUUUAAAUAAUUUGAUCAUAUUUAUGUGUAAGCACAUUUUACUGUAAAAGUUUGGGUUUCUCAAUUUACAACAGUUGUUUAUUUAAGUAUGUAGUAAACAGUAUCUUAUAGUGUCCUGUUCACUACUUGUUAAUUAAAAAAGUUAUGAUUAAUAUAAAA